GUAAACAUCAGUUAAGGAAACAGCCAAUGGGACAUCCAGAGUCGAUGGCAUCAGUUUCUCAAUCGAGCGCUUUUAAACAGCCUCGGCAGAGACACUGGGAGGACACCAGUCACUGAGGAGCAACGAACACCUGCUCUCAUCGUUACCUACAUCUCAGGGCCCCCACAGGAAAAAAUGACCGAAGCCGAAACCAGGAACCAGCACGCCGACAAGCAGCAAAACGGAGGUGCCAUGGCAGAGACUACGGAUGAUGUUUUUGACGACACCUACAAAGAGAAAGAGGGGAAACCGCCGAGGAUGUUGGUGUGGAGAAAUAUCAUACUCAUGUCCCUCCUACAUAUCGGUGCGCUGUAUGGACUGCUUCUCCUUCCCUCCGCAUCGCCUUUUACUCUUGCAUGGACUGCAGUGUGCUACUUUAUCAGUGCUCUCGGUGUGACUGCUGGUGCACACAGAUUAUGGAGCCACAGAUCCUACAAGGCUUCUGUUCCCCUGCGAGUCUUCCUCGCUCUCGCCAACUCUAUGGCGUUUCAGAACGACAUCUAUGAAUGGGCGAGGGACCACCGUGUCCACCACAAGUACUCCGAGACAGACGCAGACCCCCACAAUGCCAAACGGGGGUUCUUCUUCGCUCACGUUGGUUGGCUCCUGGUUCGCAAACAUCCAGACGUCAUUGAAAAGGGAAAGAAGCUGGAACUGUCAGACCUGAAGGCAGAUCAAGUGGUUAUGUUCCAAAGACGGUACUACAAGCUGUCUGUGGUGACCCUUUGCUUCCUUCUACCCACGUUGGUACCCUGGUACUUCUGGGGUGAAUCCUUAACCGUGGGAUACUUCGUCCCUGGAGUCCUGAGGUACGCUGUGGUGCUUAAUGCCACCUGGCUGGUCAACAGCGCUGCACACAUCUGGGGCAACAGGCCUUAUGACAAGACCAUUAACCCGAGAGAAAACCCAAUGGUUGCUUUCAGUGCCAUAGGGGAAGGCUUUCAUAACUACCAUCACACAUUCCCUUUCGACUACGCCACCAGUGAGUUUGGCUGCAAGCUUAAUCUCACCACAGCCUUUAUCGACCUCAUGUGCUUCACGGGUUUGGCAAAGGACUGCAGGAGGGUUUCAAAGGAAAUGAUCGUUGCUCGCGUGCAGCGAACGGGUGAUGGCAGCUACAAAAGUGGCUGAGCUCCCAAAUCGGCACCUGAUACAACAUGUCGAACCAAGACACACGGUAGCAACAAUUAUAGCUGCAUUUCACUGGUGGGUUGGUGAUUCUCUUGCUUCUUAUUGUAUGUUAAACCUCUUCUCAAGACUAAUUUUGGCUUUAAAGAGUUGUAGACCUUCCCCUAAAAUGCGUGGGUCUCUUUAAGUUUUGAAGUGUCCUCACCGACUAUUAGCCACAGGUAGUGACUUGGCUACAUGUGCAAGCACAGCUUUUUCACAAAAAUAUCAAACAGGCACAAGGAGAAUGAAGCCACCUUAGGACGUUAAAGCAAGUCUGUCUGAGCAGUGUGUCAAAGCAGUAAUAAUUUACUGUACAUUGUAUUUAUUAAUUUGCUAUUUAUUAAUAGUCGUCAGCACUUUGAAAGCUUUAUUGAAACCCUUAAUAGUGAGGUUUCUCUGCAGGCAAGAUUGAAGAUUUUUUUUUUUGUUGCCCUAACUUCUCAGUAAUGCUUUGUUUCAUUCCAUGAAGAGUGGAGUUAUAUCUUGAUAUUUGUCUACUUUAAGCUAAGCUUUUCUCUAUUUUGGGUAAGCUAGUAGUCUUACUGAACUAUAAGCUGCUGUGUUCAAGGCCAACAUCAAGAUAGUCAGCCUUCUACUGACCUGUCCCCAUUUGUCAUAGCUGGGUGACCCUGGGUGAUGCAGUUCAAAUACUUGGGGAUACUUUGACAUCAAACUGUUCCGGGGGCUCUUAAUGGGACUUAAAUUCUCUGGUUUGGUGCAAUUUAUACCUCCGGUUGAGAUGUGAAGCCACCUCAGACUUCAUCAUUAGCCCUCUUCAUGUAGGUGCCUCUGGACUGCAACAUUAAAUCAAACUUCUCACUCUAAAUCAUGAUUCUUUGCAUUUGUUUUGUAUUCAUUUGAAAUAGUCAUGAUCUCCCCUCAGAUAAGACCAAUGAGGCAUGUGUAGAAGAUGCAUUUACCUUUCGUGCUGCGUGAUAUUACUGAAACAUGUCAGGAGUCUUUUCCCAAAAUGCCUUAUGAGGCUUGCACACCUGUUUGGAACAAAAGUCAAGAAGUGCAAGUUCUAGAAAUAAAUUAGGGCUUGAAUUUUUCUGUUUAAUCAUUGUUUGGUGUCUGUCCGCUUUUGAGGAACAUUUGGGGAAAAAAAAAAAAUCUCACAUUUAUAAUAAAAACCAACAAAUCCUUAAUCAAACAAAUACUUUGCUCUGAAACAAGAUUCAAACUUAACAUUGUAAUCUCUUUUACAGAGCAACAAUUUUCUACAGUGUUAAAAACGGCACAUUUUUUUCAGAGAAUGUUUUUGUAUGUAUUGUAUGUACCGUAAAUAAACCAAAUUUUCUACGUGUGACCAAGUAUGUUUUGCUGUUUUUGUUGGAAUUCUGUAAUACUCCUUAUUCCUAUACUGAAUAAAAAAAACUAUGAUCAUA